GCCCGCCGAGCCCACCGCCCACCCGCUGGCUGUGCGUGCUGGCAGGCGCCCUCGCCUGCGCCCUCGGGCCCGCGGGCGGCCGGGCAGCCAGGCUGCAGCAGGAGUGUGACUACCUGCAGAUGAUCGAAGUGCAGCACAGGCAGUGCCUGGAGGAGGCGCAGCUGGAGAACGAGACAGCAGGCUGCGGCAAGAUGUGGGACAACCUCACCUGCUGGCCAGCCACCCCUCGGGGCCAGGUGGUCGUCUUGGCUUGCCCUCUCAUCUUCAAGCUCUUCUCCCCCAUUCAAGGCCGCAACGUGAGCCGCAGCUGCACGGACGAAGGCUGGACGCACCUGGAGCCCGGUCCCUACCCUGUUGCCUGUGGCUUGGAUGACAAGGCAUCGAGUUUGGAUGAGCAGCAGACCGUGUUCUACAGCUCCGUGAAGACCGGCUACACCAUCGGCUACAGCCUGUCCCUCGCCGCCCUUCUGGUCGCCACGGCUAUCCUGAGCCUGUUCAGGAAACUACACUGCACACGGAACUACAUCCACAUGCACCUCUUCAUAUCCUUCAUCCUGAGGGCCGCCGCUGUCUUCAUCAAAGACUUGGCCCUCUUCGACAGCGGGGAGUCGGACCACUGCUCCGAGGGCUCGGUGGCCUGUAAGGCAGCCGUGGUUUUCUUCCAGUACUGUGUCAUGGCCAACUUCUUCUGGCUGCUGGUGGAGGGCCUCUACCUGCACACCCUGCUCGCCGUCUCCUUCUUCUCCGAGCGGAAGUACUUCUGGGGGUACAUACUCAUCGGCUGGGGAGUGCCCAGCACAUUCACUGUGGUGUGGACCAUCAUCAGGAUCCAUUAUGAGGAUUAUGGGUGCUGGGACACCAUCAACUCCUCCCUGUGGUGGAUCAUCAAGGCCCCCAUCCUCACCUCCAUCCUGGUGAACUUCAUCUUGUUUAUUUGCAUCAUCCGAAUCCUGGUUCAGAAGCUGCGGCCCCCAGAUAUCGGCAAGAGUGACAGCAGCCCAUACUCGAGGCUGGCCAAGUCCACGCUCCUGCUGAUCCCGCUAUUUGGAGUGCACUACAUCAUGUUCGCCUUCUUUCCCGACAACUUCAAGGCUGAAGUGAAAAUGGUCUUUGAGCUGGUCGUGGGGUCUUUCCAGGGUUUUGUGGUGGCCAUCCUCUACUGCUUCCUUAAUGGCGAGGUGCAGGCGGAGCUGCGGCGCAAGUGGCGGCGCUGGCACCUGCAGGGCGUCCUGGGCUGGAACCCCAAAUACCAGCACCCGUCCGGAGGCAGCAACGGAGCAACAUGCAGCACGCAGGUCUCCAUGCUGACCCGCGUCAGCCCCAGCGCACGCCGAUCCUCCAGCUUCCAGGCCGAAGUCUCCCUGGUCUGACUCCCAGGCGCCUAGGGACCCAAGGCGGCCCUUCUUGCCCUCUGCGACCCACUCUGGCCACCAGGGACACAGGCCUGCCUGAGGGCGGUCAGCCCCAGCAUUGGCCUGGAAAGCUGCCAACGCCUCCAGGCCCGGACACUCCUGGAGAAUGCAACAUUUGCACCUGCCCGGAGGCGUCUCCUACUAGCAAGGAGAGCUGGGAGCACUACCUGAAUUCAGGAGGCGGGGUGGAACUCUGCCAAUCACAGGCAAGGAAUCUGCAUACUCUGGUCCCUAGUAUCUCUUCUGACCAAUCGGAAGAAACCAGCCACCCAUCCUCCAAUGACUUUGGGAUGAUCUGAAGGCAGUAAGAUCCUGCCUGGACAGAUUUCCCACUACCACGACCCAACAGUGCCUGAAACCCCACAGUGGCUGUCAAGUUCCUUUGUCCAGGCAGCUCACUCAAGGUAUAGUCUCCUCCCCGCUCCAGGCAACUGAGUUUCUCUACCUCGGGCAGAUAAGGUUGUGACUUGGAGUUUAGGUUUGGGGAGCUCAGCUAUCUUCGUAAUCCUUGUUGCCCUGGUGUGGGCCCAACAUCACAGGUGUGGCCAGGCCAACACAACCCAAGGACUUAAGGAGCUCAGGCCCUCUGGGAAGCGAAUAGCCUGCCACCUGUGGAUGCUGGGGCCUCAGACUAAAGCUGCCAGCUCUCCCAAGCCCAGUGGCCUAAACUGUCAAGUGGGCUUGGUUACACCUGCCCUUGACACAGAGAGCAGCUUGUUGCACAGACAGGAUUUGAGCUCAGAGCAUCUGGCUGAUGGGAAGUGGAAGCUCAGACUCCUAACUGCUGGCUUUUAUGUACUGUAGCCAGCUGGGUCCUCUUGGGGAUUUGUAUCCCCACUGUAAUAGUCACUGCUAUUCUUUCUGACUCCCUAUCCCCACCCCACCUUCCCUGGAGUGCGGCCGAGGAGUUCUCUGGACAAGAGCCUAGUAGUGGGGGCAUCGUCCACUGUCCACCCUGCACCCCUGUGCCCACGCAGCUUCGUACCCACGCCCACAUCCGCACCAGGAGAUCCCCUCAGGGCUGCAACAGGCUUGUGCAACAAUAAACACUGACUUGGGUUG